AAACACCAUCAACACCGCGCGCGAGGAAAAGAUCGCACAGUCCAAGCUAUAUAAAUAGCUCGUUUGUACUUCUUGCAUCUAUAUUUUCUUGCUGAUACCUUCAAGAUGUCUGACUUUGGCGGAGAUGACCAUGACGACCGCGAGGAGACUGGCCUCGACUAUGAGCCAGCUGAAGACUUCUAUGACGAUACUGCAGCCGAUGACUAUGCAGUGGAUGACCAGCAAGAAGAAGGUUAUGCGGUGCUGAACGGUGAUGGACAGCCUGUCACUACCAACGGAGAGAACGGUGACCCAAAUGCCUCCUCCGGCCAGGGUCAAGGGAAAACGAUACUGCAGCAACGUGAGAAGAAAGUUGCCAAUGAUCAGCGGACAACAACACCAUACAUGACCAAGUAUGAACGGGCCAGAGUACUAGGCACCCGUGCGCUACAGAUUAGCAUGAAUGCUCCUAUCCUUGUCGAUUUGGAGGGUGAAACCGAUCCACUCCAAAUUGCCCUUAAGGAGCUCAAUCAGAAGAAAAUCCCACUAAUCAUCAGGAGGUACCUUCCAGACGGAUGGUUAGUACUUUCAUAGGAUAUCUGCCAAAUGACGUCGAUCUAACAUCAUUUCUAGGUACGAGGACUGGACAUGUGAAGAACUUCUCUGAAGUUGCCGUGGCUAUCUCUUGUGUGUACUCAUGCUAGUCUAAUACCUCAAGCAAUGUAACUUGAGACUAGCAGUUUUUGCUCUUUUGCAUAGCGUAUGGGGUUCGGUUUUGACUCGGAUUUUCCUUCCUGUUUCUCCUUAACUUGUCAGAAUAAACUAGGGAAAUGAUAGACAGCAAGUUGCAACUCAUUUGGACACACUUGCUGGCCUCGCAGCCUCCUCCCAGCAUUCUGGAAAUAGGCAACCAAGGGCAAGCAUUCCCUCCCCCUGCCAGACUUACGAGAAAGCCAUUAAGAAUACAUAUCACAGAAGGCGCAUAUGCAUGUGCUAAAAGAACAGAAUAGCCUGGGGUUCAGUGGAUUAGACGUGCCAUUUACCAGGGGUAAUGUAUUACAGCCCCCUUCCCCUCACCACACAUAAAUAUACGAGCUUUUCUCUCCUUCUGGGGAGUUAAUACAGCACGACAAAUUUGAGAGCUGAAAGAAUAGCAAGAAUUUACACCUAUAACAAAGUACUGAAUGCCCUCCCAACCUUAUUGACAUCUCUCUUCUGAGCUAACAGUUUGUUGACAGCACCAUGUGUGUGUGUAUAUCCGCUUCACUAAUUCCCUCAUGAUAUGUCGUGCGGAUACCAAACACCUGUUUGAAAAUUGCAAACGAGUGGACUACUUUGAAGGCGAUAUCGAGACUGAUGGACUGCCUGUCCCCGACCCAUGUCCGAACUCAAAGACAGGAGUUAGUCGAGCACGAAUGUAUGCUGAAGCAACUCAUGAUCCUGACGCGACCUUUAGGAGCUCGAGUAGACGCGAGGACAUCCAUGUAGCUUGCCCGAAGUGCCUACAGCCGGGGCUUUACAUUCAAGGAGCGGCAGCUCACCAGCCUUAAAGGAAUACCUUCAACUUGCACCAGUCGUGAUAUUCAACUCCUCAAAUAUCAAUCUCAAUCCCUAGAUUAUCAAGCCCACGUUAUAAAUAUUAUAUUCU